ACUUAUAUGCGUAACUAAGGGUACAAAUCCAUUUCUUCUAUUCAAGUCAUACCUCUAUUAUUCUUCAGAUAACCAUGAAAACAUGUCGUGCAUUGAUUCUUUCAUUAAUGUUUCUGCUACUAAUCGGGUUCUACCUUCCGGCAAACGAAGCGUUUAGGUUUUUACCAAAAGAACGUCUUGGCAAUCUACAGUUUCUACAAAGAGGUGAACUCACUCCUUCCGAUCCAUCAAGCUGCACACACAUCCCCGGAGGCCACGGGCCGCCUUGCCCAAUCCAAUAACGCCAUUUUGCUGGCCACGGGCAGGGUGGUAUGGCCAGGACACGGACUUAGUUACGUACUACGACAUGUUCACAGUCACGUCUACUCAUGAAGAAUACUUUUAUAAUAAGUCAUUUUUAUGUUUCUUAUGAUUCAAAGUUUCAUACUGUAUAGUGUUGUUUUCUAUGCUUAACAUUCAUUUGUUCAAUUUCGAAAUUGUAAAUUAAAUUUUCUUUUAUUUAUUGAUUUAUACUUAUCAGUUGAGACUGAAUGAAAUGUCA